CGUCGGCAUGGUCCAGGAGCUGCUGCGGAUGGUGCGCCAGGGCCGGCGGGAGGAGGCGGGGACACUGCUGCAGCACCUGCGCCAGGACCUGGGCAUGGAGUCGACCUCACUAGAUGAUGUUCUGUAUCGCUACGCCAGCUUCCGGAACCUGGUGGACCCCAUCACACACGACCUCAUCAUCAGCCUGGCACGCUACAUCCACUGUCCCAAGCCGACCAGCCCUGCUACAAUGUGGAAGGACGCUACACAGGGGCACAGAUGCCAGGAGCCAAGAGCAGCAAGGCUGUCUCGGAGGCUGGCUGCUGCACAUGCCGAAGUGUGGGAAUCAGAAUAAACCCCCCAUCUGUCUCUCCUCCUGCCCUCUGGUCUUGCUGCCACUGCUCCCAUUAGCUGAACCCAAGAGGAAGCCAGGGGGAAGACAGCCCCGUGACGCGGUCUCUAGAGCCCAGCCUUCUGAGCAGAGAAGGGCAGAGUGGACUGUGGGGCGAGAAGAAACAGAAAAGCCGGCACACAGUCUCUGCAUCUGGAAUGGUGUCCAGCAUAAUGAGCGGGACAGUCAACAUUUGAUGAAUGAAGGCGAUGCGCUGGGCACCAUGGAGAAGCUGUGCCGGCAGCUGACAUACCACCUCAGCCCCCACUCCCAGUGGAGGCGGCACCGGGGACUGGUGAAAAGGAAGCCACAGGCUUGCCUCAAGGCUGUCCUGGCCGGGAGCCCCCCAGACAACACAGUGGACCUGUCGGGCAUCCCACUGACCUCCCGAGACCUGGAGCGGGUGACCAGCUACCUACAGCGCUGUGGGGAGCAGGUGGACAGCGUGGAGCUGGGCUUCACAGGCCUCACGGAUGACAUGGUCCUGCAGCUGCUGCCGGCGCUCAGCACCCUGCCCCGCCUCACCACACUGGCACUCAAUGGCAACCGGCUGACCCGGGCUGUGCUGCGAGACCUCACUGACAUCCUUAAGGAUCCCAGCAAGUUCCCCAAUGUCACGUGGAUUGACCUGGGCAACAACGUGGACAUCUUCUCCUUGCCCCAGCCCUUCCUGCUCAGCCUGCGCAAGCGCUCACCAAAGCAGGGCCACCUACCCACCAUCCUGGAGCUGGGUGAGGGCCCGGGUAGUGGGGAGGAGGUCCGGGAAGGGACAGUAGGCCAGGAAGACCCUGGAGGGGGCCCUGUGGCACCUGCCGAAGACCACCAUGAGGGCAAGGAGACUGUAGCUGCAGCUCAGACGUGACAUGGAAGUGAAGGGCCUCACCAGGGAGUCCUUGUUGGGUAGAAUGCGCAAGGGGAGGGAGCUUCUAUCAGGUGGGUUAAGGAUAUUGCCAAAAAUUGGCCUGGGCCACCCACCUACAGAAAGGCAAACCAUAGCAUCUGGGGAAGGGGAUGUGUUAAAACUUCCCAUUGGUCCUCUCCAUCUGCCCCCAAUCCCAUUAUCUGCCAUUUGGCUCUUAAGUCAUCCCAGGCCCCAGAGAACGCUCAGCUCAGCCCAUGGCCUUCCCCAAAGACUUGUGGAAAUGGGCACAUGGCUAGAGGUACUGGAAGCCUGAGCCAUUGUGAAAACCAAGAGCUUUCCCCCAGAAAAAUUAGACAGUAGGGCCCCUACCUG